UCUUCUCGCCCUCGCUCGACCCUCGUUCGUAUCGGUUUCAAUAAUCUCAUCCCUCUCUGCCUUACAUUCUCUGUCACGAAUCCUUGCCUUCCCUCCUUCAUGGCUUCCUGUAGCCUAGGAGUUCCUAAGAUUAAAAUCUCAGCAGUAGACCUCAGUAGAGUAAGAUCUGGAAGCUUACAGAUACCAUGCAAUCAAAGAGUGUUGAUUGGUCAAAGGCCGGUUAAGUACUUGAGUCUCAGGGCAACUCUUGGUUCUGUGAAAGCUCCCCAAGCGUCUACUGUCACAGCUGCUGAAUCUGCAGCUACUGUUGAAGUAGAAGAUGCUGAAAUGACCAAGCCAUCUCCAUUGAACGCUCAGCUUGUUCCCAAGCCCUCUGAGGUGGAAGCUCUUGUAACUGAAAUAUGCGACUCCUCAUCAAUUGCAGAGUUUGAAUUGAAACUGGGGGGUUUCCGCCUAUAUGUAGCAAGGAACUUAGCUGACAACAACAGUAGUCCACCACAACCUCAGCCCAUUCCUGCUGCCGUUGCUGCAAGUGCAACCACGGAGGGUGUUGAUUCGAAUGGAUCAGCUUCCUCUACUUCACUGGCUAUCACAAAACCAACAUCCUCAGCUGCUGAUCAGGGUUUGGUGAUUCUCCAAUCUCCAAAAGUAGGGUUCUUCAGGAGAUCCAAAACCAUAAAGGGUAAACGCACUCCUUCGUCAUGUAAAGAGAAAGACCAAGUGAAAGAAGGUCAAGUUCUGUGCUAUAUUGAACAACUCGGUGGCCAGUUUCCAAUCGAGUCUGAUGUUACCGGCGAGGUUGUCAAAAUACUCAGAGAGGAUGGAGAGCCUGUAGGAUACAAUGAUGCUCUCAUAUCAAUCCUUCCUUCCUUUCCUGGGAUCAAGAAGCUUCAGUAGUACUAGAACCAGACCUGAGCUUGGUUUUAUGUUGUGAAACGUGCCUUGUGUAUGUUUUUUUUUUUUUUUAUAACAAUAUAAAACUUCAUUCACAUCUCUGUGUUUCUGUUUGUCUGAAAGUUCUUUUUUUAAGACACUGUUUUAUUCUGUUCUUCUUUUUUUAUAUAAACAAGAACAUUAUGAUACU